GAGAUGGAAGCCUUUUAAAUUUAAUAUGCAACGGCCAUAUAAAUGCAGAGUCCUGAACCCCUAGGGUUUUUGCCGAUGCCUUUCUCUCACCACAAUAACAAUUACCAACAGAAAUCGAUGCCCUAGAACAUUGAAAGCGUCCGCCAACGGAGCACAACAACGUGACUCGCUCCUCGGAUCCAUUUUUCUGCUCAUCGAAUUUUUUGCUUUGAUCAGAUGGAAAUUGCAGUCUGGGAAUUCAAAGUUUGAAACAAUGGCUCACAAUUUUCCUGACGAAAUCAUACAUGAUAUCCUGUUUAGAUUACCUCCUAAAUCAUUGAUCAGAUGCACCUCAGUGUGCAAGCCAUGGAACUCCAUGAUAAAAAAAUCCCAGUUGUAUACGCACCCACCUCGGCCGUACAAUCGAUCUUAAUAACCAGUUUGACACCCACCUCCUCCUUCUGUACUGUGUUCGACCAGAUAUUCUUUAUGGCGACAGCAACUGUAUUUGGGACCAAGAUCCAAUGGAGAGGUAUUGCAAUUUGCAUUAUGAUAACCUUGCUUUUGAUGAGUACUGCAAACUAGAAUUUCCAAUUCCUCCCAAGGAAGAACUGUACAAUACAGAUUUACACGUGUUCGGCGUUUGUAAUGGGCUGGUGCUUCCUGCUGAUUAUAAGUAUCAUUUAGGUUUCAUGUUAUGCAACCCCUCUAUGAGAAAGUCGGUGAUCCUUCCUAAGCCUCAUCUUAACUUCAAGAUGGAGUAUGGUUAUAUUGGUUUUGGUUUUGACGCUGUGACUAAUGACUACAAGGUUGUGAGACUUAUCCGUGCUCAUCAAUGUAAGGAUCUGAAUAAUUUUUAUGAGGUUUAUUCACUGGCUGGUGGCUCAUGGAGUGAUCCUCGUUCUUUGGAUCACGUAUGUGACUUUAACAGUACUCACAGAGCCCAGGCUUUUGUUAAUGGAGCCAUUCAUUGGAAUGCAUUCUGCAAUUUGGCAGAUGGUGGUUCUAAAUGUUUCAUUUUGGCGUUUGACGUGGGCAGCAAUUCAUUUCACAGGAUAAUGGUUCCAAAGAAUUUCAGAAGGUCAUGUACCGAACAAUUGUCUAUUUCAGGUUAAGGGAAAUCUAUUGCUCUCUCCAAGCAUCAUAUUACUAAUACUGAAGAGCCUUAUCUUGAGAUAUGGGUGAUGAAGGAGUAUGGCAUGGAAGAGUCAUGGACCAAAUUGGCAACUCUAUGUCAACCAGGUCCACAAAGAGGAGUUCCCUACGGGCCAUUAUGUUUUAGGAAGAGCGGUGAUCUAGUGUUGGAAGUGAUUUUUUGUUGUUUGGAUGAUGUGGAUGAUGACAGGUAUGAAUUAGUUUGUCUAGACCUUGUGAGCAAGCAAUGUACAAAUCUUGGAAUUCGUGGAUAUUUAUAUUACUAUGCUGAAUCUUAUGUUGAGAGCCUUGUCUUACUCGACAAGACCGAUGCAGUUUCUUACUGAGGAAAAGAACAGGUAAGGUGAUAGCCUUGGUUUUUCUUUGGUUUUCAUUUUCUUCCUGAUAUCACCAUUCGAUUAACAAAGUUUGUUAUG